AUGUCAUGGACUCUGUUUCAGUUCAUGCAUGUUGUUGUUGUUGUUGUUGUUUUUGUUCUCAUGGGGUGUUCGUGUUUGGGUGGUUCAGGCUCUAGUACUCAUCGUCAUCAUGUUCAUGUAGCCGGGAAUGAGACGGAUCGGCUAGCCUUGCUCGCAUUCAAGGCUGAAAUAAUCAGUGAUCCCUUCGAGGCUCUAAACUCGUGGAAUGAAUCCAUCCACUUCUGUCAAUGGGCUGGCAUAACAUGUGGCCGACGACACCAGAGGGUGACUAAGUUGAUACUGGAUCAUCGAAAAUUGACAGGCUCAAUUUCGCCUCACAUUGGAAAUCUGAGCUUUCUUAGAAUACUGUUGUUGCGUAACAAUAGCUUCACUCAUCAAAUCCCCUCUGAACUUGGCCAUCUACGGAGACUGCAAAUAUUGUCACUACUCAAUAAUUCUAUUAGUGGUGAAAUUCCCGCCAAUAUAUCAGCUGGCUCUAACCUUGUUGUCCUUGAGCUUUCUAGCAAUAAUCUGGCUGGGAAAAUUCCCGUGGAGCUUGGUUCUCUGUCUAAGCUCGAGUUGUUGUACAUUUUCAAAAACAAUCUAACAGGUGACCUUCCUUAUACUUUUGGGAAUCUGUCAUCCCUUAUUGAAUUCGAUGCAAGUCUCAACAACAUCAAUGGGAGUAUACCUGAAGCCCUGGGCCGAUUGACAAACUUAAACGUUCUUGCAUUGGGGGAGAACAAGUUGGUUGGUACUACUCCUUCCUCAAUCUUUAAUCUCUCUUCCAUCACAUUUUUUGAUAUAUUAAUGAACCAAGUUCAAGGGAGACUUCCCUUAGAUCUUGGAAUUUCUUUUCCAACUCUUCAAUGGUUUUCAGUUGGAAUGAACUUGUUUACUGGAUCCAUUCCUAUUUCAUUAUCAAAUGCAACCAACCUGUAUCACCUUGACUUGGGAGAAAAUAAAUUUAUUGGAAGAGUGCCUCCUUUGGGAAUGAUGCACAAUCUUGGGCGGUUAUACUUUCAAUUCAAUCAUCUUGGAACAGGGGAAGCUGGUGACUUGAAUUUUCUUAGCUCAUUGCCCAAUGCCACCAAUUUGAACUCUUUGAGGCUGGACUCCAACAACUUUGGAGGGGUGUUGCCAGAAUCAAUUGGAAAUUUGUCCACUAAUCUCGGUAUCCUUUUAUUGGAGAACAAUAAAAUAGGUGGGAGCAUCCCAACCGAGAUGGCGAAUUUGGUCAAUUUGCUAUGUUUGCACAUGGCAGACAAUCAUUUCAUGGGUAACAUUCUUGCUGAUAUUGGGAAGCUACAAAAGCUACAAAUUUUGGAUCUCUCAAGUAAUAAAUUCUAUGGGAAAAUUCCUUUGUCUUUGAAAAAUUUGACUUCACUAGCGUAUCUUUGUUUAGGAGUAAAUAAUUUGCAUGGCAACAUUCCUCCAAGUCUGGGAAAAUGCCCUCUUGUAUAUCUAGCUCUUGGUGGAAAUAAUCUGGGUGGUACCAUACCCAAACAAGUUCUAACUCUUUCAUCAUUAUUUUUCUUGCACCUACAAGACAACCAUUUGGUUGGGUCCAUACAACUAGAAAUUGGAAAUUUAAUAAAUCUUGAACAAUUAGAUGUUUCUAGGAAUAUGUUGUCUGGAAAAAUUCCAAGCACUCUUGUGAAGGUACUAAACCUUCAAUUCCAUGGAGCUUCCAAGAGUUUUGUUGCUGAAUGCGAGGCCUUGAGGCGCAUCAAACAUCGAAAUCUUGUCAAGGUUUUCACAGCAUGUUCAAGUGUUGACUAUAAUGGUAAUGAUUUCAAAGCUCUGGUUUACGAGUUCAUGGUCAAUGGUAGCCUAGAGGAUUGGUUACAUGCAAAUGAAAAUGAAGAUGAGGUGCAUGUCGAAUCAAGAAAUUUAAACCUCCUACAAAGGUUAAAUAUUGCCGUUGAUGUUGCUUCUGCACUUGAUUAUCUUCAUCAUCAUUGCUCGGAACCAAUAGUUCACUGUGAUUUGAAGCCGAGCAAUGUUCUUCUGAAUGAUGAAAUGAUUGGACAUGUAGGCGAUUUUAGGUUAGCUAGAUUCCUUCCAGAGGGCACCGAUAAUUCUUCUGCAACUCAAUCAAGUUCCAUUGGCUUAAGAGGGUCUGUUGGUUAUGCUGCUCCAGGUAAAUGUAUCUCUUAGGCCCUUUACUGAUAUUCUUUUUCACCUUCAAUUUCCAACAUACUUUAGAGUCUGAUUUGCAUAUCCAUCAAGUAUGCCUCUUUGAUCAAUGAAGUAAAGCAGAUGGUUCUUUGGUUUUAUUUCUCGCAACAUCA